AUGGCCGCUCAGGAUGCCGUCGACUUGGCGAAGAAAGAAGCGGAGGAAGCGAAGGAGGACGCUGAACGAAAGUUGAAACAAGGUAUUCAGUUUGUGGUGGUACCCGAAGAAGUCCGCUUAGCCAAGGAACGAAUUAACUAUCCGGAAGACGUUUUCCAUUUUGCCGCGGCUGGCCCCUGGUCAUCUCCUGACCAGAUACAGUGCGGGGUCUUGCGGUACCGCCGUGAUGCCGAACAAGAGAACAUGAAGGAAAGAGACAGCAUCGUCGAUGAUCCAUUAGGGCCUCGUGUUCGCAGCAUCGUCGAUGAUCCAUUAGGGCCUCGUGUUCCAGGGGCCCUGGAAGUUUUAGAAAGCGCCGCGCCGAUCGGACGUCUCGAAUCAGUGGUUGCAUGA